AUGAAGAUUCUUUCAGACAAAGUCAUCCAGAAACACCUUUUGGCCGUCAACAGGCGCCAGGCGGAAAACGGCUACCUUCCUGUUUUGGAAAAAGCGCUAGCAGACUAUGCCGCUAACCCGGACGUCGUACCCCCACGAACCGUUCUUACUUCCAACUACCCCGGUUGUGAUACCACCCACUUGUUCAUGCCAUGUGCUGCCCUCAAUAGCGUGGGGGCUAAGGUGAUGAGUGGGGGCACCUACAAUUCCCAAAAUGGCCUUGGAUUUCAAGGAUUCACCGGCGUGGUGGACCCCCAGAGCGGUCAAUUGAAAGGUGUGGUGAAUGCCAAAACACUCACUGCGUUCCGGACGGCGUUGGCCAGUUUUUCGGUGGUUCAUAGGGAGUUCGGAGACAGGCUGGAGAAGUUCGACAGUAUCGUUGUUUUUGGAACUGGGCCCCAGGCCUUCUGGCAUGCCUACCUUGUGUUGAAGGUGUAUGGAGCUGAUUUGGUCACCGUGGUCAGUCGGACCAAGGAAAGCGCCCUGAAGCUUUGCAAGGAGCUUCAAUUGCAUUCUGACGUGAAGCUUGAGGCCUUAGGCUUUUCUGACGAAAGCGUGGGAGACAGAAUCGCAAGUGCACCUGUAGUCUUAGGCUGUGUUCCAUCCACAGAGCCCACGAUCAAGCUGGAAUACUUGAAAACCAACACAAAGAAGGUCAUCACGCUAAUUGGCUCGUACAAGCCGCACAUGGUCGAGCUUGACCCGGCUUUUGUGGAGAAGAACUUCAGAGGAAAGGUCAAGCUUAUUGUGGACUCCAAGGCCCACGCUUUGGCAGAGGCAGGAGAAUUGGUGCAAAGCAACACGAAGGAGGAAAACCUUGUUUCUUUGAACGAGUACUUGUCCGGUAAGGUGGAAGGAACUACGCAGACGGAAUCCGGAAUCACCGUUGCGAAGAUCGUCGGGCUCCUGAUCAUGGACAUCUACAUGGCCGAGUACAUGUUGGAUGCUGUCGAGGCGCCUUCUGUUGAAUUUGACUAG